UAGCCUUUGUGCUAGCGGAGUGUUUGCAGUGAGUCAGCCCGCAGUGCGCGCAGCGGAGGCCGGCAGCGCUCCAGCCUGCUUCACCCGAACGCAAACAAGAAAAGCAAGAUGAACGUCGGUGUGGCCCACAGUGAAGUAAACCCAAACACCCGUGUGAUGAACAGUCGAGGGAUAUGGCUGACAUACGCGCUCGGCGUAGGAAUGCUUCACAUCGUACUGUUGAGCAUUCCUUUCUUCAGUGUUCCUGUUGUGUGGACCCUCACAAAUGUUAUUCACAAUUUUGGUAUGUAUGUAUUUAUGCAUGCAGUGAAAGGCACGCCAUUUGAAACACCAGACCAGGGCAAGGCAAGACUUCUCACACACUGGGAACAGCUGGACUACGGCGUACAGUUCACGUCAUCUAGAAAAUUCUUUACAAUCUCACCAAUCAUUUUGUAUUUUCUCGCCAGCUUUUACACAAAAUACGACACAGCUCAUUUUGUGAUAAACACAGCUUCUCUUUUGAGUGUCCUCAUCCCAAAACUGCCACAACUCCAUGGAGUCAGGAUCUUUGGAAUAAACAAGUAUUAAGCCCAGUGUUCAGAGGGCACAGACCAACUCCGAUCUGUUGCCUGAUGUGGGAGAGGAGAUAACCCUUUGUACUUUGUACCGCAGUUGUGUACACUUAGCAGUUUUGUACAGUCUGUGUAAUUGUGAGUCUCUUUGUUUGAUAUAUCUUGAGAAAUUGUUGUAGGGACAUGUUAAGAGGACAAUUCCACAAGCAUUAAUAACUUAAGAUAUUUAAUGUGUUUUCGUUAGUUGUUUUGUGAUCCUCGUGGAUCUGGGCUGGCCCAGGUUUCAUGGUUUUUUUUUUUUUUUUUUGUUAAUUAAUUAUUUUUUUGUUGUUGUUGUUUUAGUUUUUUUUUUUCGUUCAUAUAGUUUUUGUUUGUUCAAAUGUGCUCACAACACUGAUACACUAAGAUAGUUUUAUGCUUUUAGUGUCACUUCACAUUUCUAAAUGCAUUCUUAGAUAAUUCCAUGAAUUGACAAAAUGUGUUUUAAAAAUAAUUUAAAAGCCAUGAAACCUUUCUGCUGUUUCGUUAAUGUUAUCAUUGCUUUAGAGACAACAAAUAAAAAGUCAGUUUGCAUGAUUUCCUGAAAAAAUAUUUGUUCAUCUCAGUACGCCGUAGUUUUGUUUAGUUAAUGUCUUACAGCUAAUAAAUGACAAAGAAAAAAAAUAGCAUUAACAACAUUUAGCCUUUUAAGUAAUUUCAGUAGAGUCAACAUGAAAUCAAAAAUAGAACUUUCUUAUUCUUUUUACAUGUUUCUGGUCUCAUUUUGAACAUUUUAUCUGUGCACGACAUUUUCGUGUAAAUUUUGAACGGCUUCCUCUGCCCCCGAAACAAAACAUCAAGUUCUUCCCUAAAUGUUUGAAUCAGAAUAUUUCAUGUUGACUUUUAGCUCAAUAUCAGUAUGUCAUUUUAAAUCUCUGGAUCAUUACCAAGCUUCAGCAAACCAUCAUGUUUCUUUGCUCUUUUCUGUCACAGUAUUAUUGAAGUUGAGAAACUGUAACAUAAACCCAUUAACUAUUUGUAUUCUUCCACUUUCUUGUCUUUUGACAAUAUUUGCAAAGGCUCGACUGUGCCAAUUGUUUUGUCCUUUUGUUUUGAGAAAAGGUAUGAACGUAGGAUGUUGUGUGUUGUAUGACAUGCUGCAAACAAAUAAAACUUUACAAAGUA